GGGCGAAGAGGUCUUGGCUCUGUGUUUGUCUGGGCAUCUGGCAAUGGUGGAAGGAGCAAAGACCACUGUUCUUGUGAUGGCUAUACCAACAGCAUCUACACCAUCUCCAUCAGCAGUACAGCUGAAAGUGGAAAGAAACCAUGGUACUUGGAAGAGUGUUCAUCUACACUGGCCACAACCUACAGCAGUGGAGAAUCCUAUGAUAAGAAAAUAAUCACUACUGAUCUAAGGCAACGAUGCACGGACAAUCAUACUGGGACAUCGGCCUCAGCCCCCAUGGCUGCUGGCAUCAUUGCCCUGGCCCUGGAAGCCAAUCCGUUUCUGACCUGGAGAGACGUACAGCAUGUUAUUGUCAGGACUUCCCGUGCGGGACAUUUGAACGCUAAUGACUGGAAAACCAAUGCUGCUGGUUUUAAGGUGAGCCAUCUUUAUGGAUUUGGACUGAUGGAUGCAGAAGCCAUGGUGAUGGAGGCAGAGAAGUGGACAACCGUUCCUCAGCAGCACGUGUGUGUGGAAAGCACAGACCGACAUAUCAAGACCAUCCGCCCCAACAGUGCAGUACGCUCCAUCUACAAAGCCUCCGGAUGCUCGGAUAAUCCCAACCACCAUGUCAAUUACCUGGAACACGUAGUGGUGCGGAUUACCAUCACACACCCUCGGAGGGGAGACCUGGCCAUCUACCUGACCUCGCCCUCAGGAACCAGAUCCCAGCUUUUGGCCAACAGGCUGUUUGAUCAUUCCAUGGAAGGGUUUAAGAACUGGGAGUUCAUGACCAUUCACUGCUGGGGAGAGCGGGCUGCUGGUGACUGGAUCCUUGAAGUUUAUGAUACUCCAUCUCAGCUGAGGAACUUUAAGACUCCAGGUAAAUUGAAAGAAUGGUCCUUGGUCCUCUAUGGCACAUCUGUACAGCCAUACUCCCCAACCAAUGAGUUUCCCAAAGUAGAACGCUUCCGCUACAGCCGAGUGGAAGACCCCACAGAUGACUACGGUGCUGAAGAUUAUGCGGGUCCCUGUGAUGCUGAAUGCAGUGAGGUUGGCUGUGACGGGCCAGGACCAGACCACUGCAGUGACUGUUUACACUACUACUACAAGCUGAAAAAUAACACCAGAAUUUGUGUCUCCAACUGCCCUCCUGGCCACUACCAUGCUGACAAGAAGAGAUGCCGGAAGUGUGCUCCCAACUGUGAGUCCUGCUUUGGCAGCCACAGUGAUCAGUGCCUAUCCUGUAAAUCCGGCUACUUCCUGAAUGAAGAAACCAGCAGCUGUGUUAUUCAGUGCCCUGAUGGGUCAUACCAGGAUACCAAGAAAAAUGUUUGCGGGAAAUGCAGUGAGAACUGUAAGGCAUGCACUGGAUUCCACAAUUGCACAGAGUGCAAGGGCGGGUUAAGCCUUCAGGGAUCCCGUUGUUCUGUCACCUGCAACGAUGGACAGUUCUUCAAUGGCCAUGAUUGCCAGCCUUGCCACCGUUUCUGUGCUGCCUGUGCCGGGGCUGGAGCAGAUGGGUGCAUUAACUGCACAGAGGGUUAUGUCAUGGAAGAGGGAAGAUGUGUACAGAGCUGCAGUGUGAGUUAUUAUUUGGACCAUAAUUCAGAUAAUGGAUACAAAUCCUGUAAGAGAUGUGAUAACAGCUGUUUGACAUGCAAUGGCCCAGGAUUCAAGAACUGUUCCAGCUGCCCCAGUGGAUAUCUUUUAGAUUUAGGAAUGUGUCAGAUGGGAGCCAUCUGCAAGGAUGCCACGGAAGAGUCCUGGGCAGAAGGAGGCUUCUGUAUGCUUGUGAAAAAGAACAAUCUGUGUCAGCGGAAAGUUCUACAACAACUGUGUUGCAAAACAUGUACAUUCCAAGGCUGA